UCCGCAUUAUUUAAAAUGCCUGUAGCAAGCCUUUUUGUUCAAAUUUUAAUUUACGGAUCUCAUGAAAAUCCAAAGCGUUUGUGGGAAACAUUUAAAGAAAAUUUGUCAGAAGAUUUUAAACAUGCAGCCCGGCAAAAUGGGCAGCCUAUAGAAAAUGCAAUUAAACGUGGUUACAGAAUUAUUGCUAAAAAAUUAAACACUGAAGCAGCAGAAGGCCGAAAUUUCCAAUACUGGGUACAAACUUUUGGCUUUGAGGACAUUGAUAAUUACGAUCUUGAAGAUAAUCAAGAUAAUUUAAACACGGAUGAAUCAGCAGUAUUAGGAGAGCAAAUGUACCAGUUACUAAAAGGAAAGCAGAUAGAAGUAGUUAAUUCUAUUCUUCUAGCUGUAAAUAAUACAGCUUCUGAAACGAAAUGCUUCUUCAUUGAUGGUCCGGGGGGUACUGGGAAGACAUUCAUAUAUAAAACAUUAUACUAUAUGCUGACUGAAAAACGAUACAAAGUAAAAUGUAUGGCUUUUACCGGUAUUGCUUCCACAUUAUUGCCUAAUGGACGUACUUCUCAUAAAACUUUUGGACUAAAAGUACCACUGACACCAGAUUCAGUCUCAAGUAUCAAACCUAAUUCUUCUAAAGCGAGACAAUUAGCAGAAAUAGAUAUUUUUCUUAUGGACGAAGCUCCGAUGCUUCCAAAAUAUGGUUUGCAGAGCAUUGAUCAACUUUUACGAUCCAUUGGAAAUUCGGAUCUCCCUUUCGGUGGAAAAGUAAUAGUACUAGGAGGAGAUUUUCGCCAAUGUCUGCCUGUACAGCCACGUGCAAAUAAAUCUGAGUUAUUAGAUCUUUCUAUCAAACGAUGCUCCUUAUGGUCUGUUUUUAAGACUUAAACUAGAAGAAAAUAU